GCCCGGCCCCAACCGAUGCACUCGCUCCGCCCAAUCCAAACCCACACCCCUCGCUCCGGCCGGCCGUCCGCCGGGUCAAAAUCUGCCCCGCCUUGUGCUUGCUUGCGCGCGUCGCCAAGGCCAAAUCCACCCCAACCCAUCCAUUACCUCACCAACCAAACCCGAACAAGCCCGGUCCUCGCCCUCCAAACCCACGCUGACGCCACGGCACCGCCGGAACGCGACGCUCGAAUCGCCCGCUUAUAUUUUUCCUGGCCUCGUCUCCUCCUCGCGCGCCCGCCCGGCCCCAGCCCAGAACCCCUCCGCUGCCGAGUAUUCUAUUCCAUCCUCCCCGGGGGGGCUGAACCAAUUCAACACGCUGUGCGCUUGUGUCGGGCGGGUUCGCGGCAGCCAGGAUAUAAGCCGCGCGCGCGCGCCGCUGGUAACAGAGGAAGGUCGGGAGACGGAGCGCGAGGCCAGGCCAGUCAGUCCUCCGAUCACGCACACACAGACGCGCGCGCGGAGCGCGGCAGGGAGGAAGACAGCCGACAGCCCACAGCAGGCAGGCAGGCAGGCGGAGGCAGGGGCACGGAGCGGCCGCGCGCCGGCCAUCCACCGCCGCACAUGCGAGAGGGCGCAGCGGCGCGGAGGCAGCAGCCGCGGCGCGCACAUGCCAAGGCGCCGCGCGGGGACUCCCCUCGUGCAAUGAGUAGCGCCGCCGCGACCGCGACGUCGUGUCACCGCCUCGGGGUCGCGCUGCCGCUCUUGCUGCUGCUUGCUGCUGCCGCGGUUCUGGGUGGAGCCGAGGGGAAGGCGCACAGCUACGAGGACGCGCUGCAGAAGAGCCUGCUCUACUUCGAGGCGCAGCGCUCGGGCCGCCUCCCGCACAGCCAGCGCGUCGCCUGGCGCCACCACUCCGGCCUCACCGACGGCCUCGAGCAAGGGGUGGACUUGGUGGGGGGAUACUACGACGCCGGCGACCAUGUCAAGUUCGGCCUGCCCAUGGCGUUCACCGUGACGAUGCUGUCGUGGAGCCUGAUCGAGUACGGCGGCGACGUCGCGGACGCCGGAGAGCUCGGCCACGCGCUCGAGGCCGUCAAGUGGGGCACCGACUACUUCAUCAAGGCGCACACCAGGCCCGAUGAGCUGUGGGCUGAGGUGGGCGACGGCGACACGGACCACUACUGCUGGCAGCGGCCGGAGGACAUGACGACGUCGCGGCAGGCGUACAAGGUGGACCGGGACCACCCAGGCUCCGACGUCGCCGGCGAGACCGCGGCGGCCAUGGCCGCCGCGUCCAUCGUCUUCCGCGACUCCAACCCGCACUACGCGCACCUUCUCCUGCACCACGCCCAGCAGCUGUUCGAGUUCGCCGACAAGUACAGGGGCAAAUACGACAGCAGCAUCGCGGAGGUGAAGAGCUACUACGCGUCGGUGAGCGGGUACAAGGACGAGCUCCUGUGGGCCGCCCUGUGGCUCCACCGCGCCACCGGCAGAGCUGACUACCUCGACUACGUCGUCGACAACGCCGACAGCUUCGGCGGCACCGGCUGGGCCAUCAACGAGUUCAGCUGGGACGUCAAGUACGCCGGCGUCCAGAUCAUAGCAGCAAGGUUGCUGCUGAGAGGGGAGCACGCGACGCGCCACCGGAGCACGCUGGAGCGGUACAGGGCGAAGGCGGAGCGCUACGUGUGCGCGUGCCUGGGCCGGAACACGGAAGGCGGCGCGGACGCCAACGUGGAGCGCAGCCCCGGCGGGAUGCUCUACAUCCGGCAGUGGAACAACAUGCAGUACGUGACCAGCGCCGCGUUCCUGCUCUCCGUCUACUCAGACUACCUGGCCGAGGCCGGCGCCCCGACCGUGUCGUGCGCGGGCGGCGAGACCGUGGCGGCCGAGGAGGUGUUCGCGCUCGCCAGGGCGCAGGUGGACUACGUGCUGGGCACCAACCCCAGGGGCGUCAGCUACCUCGUCGGCUACGGCUCCAAGUACCCCAACCGGGUGCACCACCGCGCCGCGUCCAUCGUGCCGUACAAGCACAGCAAGGAGUUCAUCGGCUGCACGCAGGGGUUUGACCACUGGUUCGGCAGGCGGAGCUCCAACCCGAACGUGCUCGUCGGCGCGAUCGUCGGCGGGCCGGACCGGCAGGACAGGUUCAGGGACAACCGGGAGAACUACAUGCAGACGGAGGCCUGCACGUACAACACGGCCCCGAUGGUCGGCAUGUUCGCCAAGCUGCACCGGAUGGCGCGGCAGGAGCGGGAACACGGGUCGCCGGCGCCGGUGCCCGUGACGUCCACUGCGGCUGAGGUGUAAAUAGAUAGGAUGUAGAGCGGGGGGCUGUACAAUUUUCCCCAUUCUUUGGUUCAUUCUUUUUUGGGCUUUGAAUUUCAUUUUACACAGAUCGAGGUUAUUGUAUACAAGAAAGAAAAAGAAAAAGGGUUGGAGGCAUCGACAUGUGCAAAUGUAAAUUCACUACCAGUACAUAUGAGGAAAAAAAAUGACAUUGUUAACUUAUUGGCCA